AGACUUUUUCUAUAGGUAAGUUAGCCUAUUCAGCUAGGUGAUGGUAUAGAUAUAAUAACUCUCUUCAUGUGUAUAUUUGUAUAUACUAUCUUGUAUAUUUGUUCUAAUAAUUAUUUUAAUUUUAGGAAAGAAUCCCGAGAUGUUGAAGAAAUAAACCCUCCACUACCCGAGAAUUUAAUGGCAAACCCAUUAUACAUAGAAAAUCAAAAGAAAAUAGAUACCAGCACAAAAGAUAUAUUGGCUAAAAUUGCAGAGGUCAACAAGAGUCAAGGACUUUCAAGAAAAAAGUCUAAACCAGGCUACAUUCAAUUUCCAUUCGGCUUCUAUUCAUCUCAAGAGAAAUCCCAUCAAAUCGGUGAUAGCAAAGAAUCAAAGGAUUUAUACAGUAAUCCGAUACUCGAAUAUUUGAGAGAAAGAGAUUUAAAUACAAAGGACGAUGGGAAAUCUACCUUCAAAAACCAAAUGGUAUAUCAACCAGGAAAUGAAGAAAGUUAUAUAGCAAAAAUCACAGAUCUGAAUUCUCAAAUCGAACCAGAAGAUAUUAUUCGUGGUCAAUAUAUCAAAAGAAAAAUAACUCAUUACCAAACUGUUGUACUUCCUAGUCCGUAUAUUAACACGAAUUCUGAAUAUCCUAUUUCACCGACAGCGACAUUGCCCAUCAACGGAUUGAAAAAUGUCGAGCCUAUACCUUACAGUAAUUCUCAAUAUUUUCUACCUCCAAGCAAUUAUCCUUAUCCUGGUUAUCAAUAUCAGUUACCAUUUUCAUAUAACGCACCUCCUUCAGAUGUUGUGCAACAACAAGAAAUUGCUUAUAGAAACAAUAUUUUGAAUCAAAAUGCUGCUGAUGAAAAAAAGAAAACUAGUAAUUCUGAAUCUGUUUCAAACUCAAAGUUUCCGAUAGUGUACCCCCAAAUGACUAUGAAAAACACAGAUAUAUUAAAGCAAACAACAGCACAGUCUAGGCAAAAUUGGAAUUGGCCAGGAGCUAAUUUAUUUCCGAUCUAUAUAAGAGAUCCUUUUCUGCAAAUGUAUUAUGCCGUGACGAAUAUGGUUGAAUAUGGACCAACAGCUGGCAACGAGGGUCCUUGCAAAUUAACCCCGAGACCAACACGUUUAAAAGCGGAUACUGAAUCUAGCACAGAUUUUGGAGAGGAUAAUCAUUACCACCGCCAACAGAUAGAAGUGGAAAUUAAUAAGAAAAAUGGUACAAAUGAAGUUAGAAUGAUAAAUACGGAUCCAUCUAGUUUAUUGCCCGAGAUGGAUUACUUGGAUGUAGAAAGUUUAGAUAUCGGUAACGAUGACUUAAUUAAACUCACUCUUAAUUUACCAACACCAACGCCAACGCCAGUUCCAGUUGAAAGUAGAGAAAUUAAUGGUAAAUCAAAUAUUUACAGAUCAUCUUGGGAAAAACUAGCUCAGAUUAAUAAUAAUAAAUCCUCACUAUUUCCAGCAGGCAAAUUAGAUUUUUCGUCCAUUAUACGAAGACCAGAUUCGAACAUAGCUACUACCAUUCCACCCCCGCAAAUAACCAAUCAAUACUUACAAAUACACCAACUAGAAGAUGAGCCAGAAUCUGAAAAAACGGAUAUAGGAAUUUCUAAUCAAGGCAGUAAGAAGUUAAUCAGUAAGGAUAAUACUGGAAAUGGUAUUUUUAUUCAUAAACUCCGAGUGCGCCACGGUGGUGUUGCCAUAGCUGGUCCAGGUGGUAUUGCUACUGCGGGAAGUGGUGGCACAGCUAUCGUCGGUCCUGACGGGAUUGCUUAUACUCAUCCUGAUGGGUUAGCGAUAGCUGGAUCUGGAACUAAGGUUGUGGCUGUGGAUCCGAAAAUAGACUUGAAUGAAGUCAUUAAAAAUGUCGUUACUAAUGGGUCGAAACCCGUACCAAAUACACGGCUGGGCAAAGUAGUAGCUAUCGGACCAGUUAUAUACUACAACAAGGGUAUCUAGUAUUCCAUGGACGUUAUAUAAAAAAUCACCAUUCAAAUUAUAUGAGCGACAUUGUAAUAAAAUAAUAAAUUAUUUCUAUAAAGUAGUAGGGUAAAAUACAUUUGAAUGUUAUGUAAUCGAAUAAAAAUGGUAUCACAGUAAACUUAGCAUCACAUCAAAUUUGUUUAGUUUUCAAAACAUAA